GGCACUGCCGGUACCGCCCGGGACGGCACCGGGACAGCACCGGGACAGCACCGGGACAGCACAGGGACACGAGGGGACAGCACCGGGACACGGGGGGACACCGCUAGGCAGCGCUAUGAGGCCGCAGCGCCGGUACCGUCCCUGCCUGCUGCUCCUGCUGCUGCCGCUGCUGCCGCCGGUGCCUCCCGGGAGCGCCGCCGCCGCCGCCGCCGCCGACCGGCCCAACUUCGUGCUGGUGCUGGCGGACGAUCUCGGCUUCGGGGAUCUGGGCAGCUACGGGCACCCCUCGUCCGCCACACCGCACCUGGACCGGCUGGCGGCCCGCGGGCUGCGCUUCACCGAUUUCUACAGCAGCGCCGCCGUGUGCAGCCCGUCCCGGGCCGCGCUGCUGACCGGGCGGCUGCCGGUGCGCUCGGGGAUCUACCCGGGGGUGUUCGAGCCGGGCUCCCGGGGGGGACUGCCGCUGGCCGAGGUGACAGUGGCCGAGCUGCUGAAGGCUCGGGGCUACGCCACGGCCAUGGUGGGCAAGUGGCACCUGGGCUACGGCCGGAACGGCUCCUUCCUGCCCCUGCACCAGGGCUUCGAUCAGUUCCUGGGCAUCCCCUACUCCCACGACCAGGGCCCGUGCCAGAACCUGACGUGCUUCCCGCCGGACACCGCGUGCUUCGGGCCGUGUGACCGGGACGCGGUGCCGGUGCCGCUGCUGCGGGGCCGCGACAUCGUGCAGCAGCCGGCGUUCCUGCCGGGGCUGGCCCCGCUCUACAGCCGCUUCUGCCGCGACUUCAUCGCCCGCUGCGCCCAGCGCCGCCAACCCUUCCUGCUCUACUACGCCUCGCAUCACACGCACUACCCGCAGUUUGCCAGCCGGGAGUUCGCGGGCACCACGCGCCGGGGACCCUUCGGGGACGCGCUGGCCGAGUUCGAUGGCACGGUGGGACAGCUGCUGCAGGCCCUGCAGGACAACGGCCUGGAGAACUCCACGCUGGUGUUUGUCACCUCUGACAACGGCCCCUCCACGCUGCGCAGGUCCCGCGGUGGCAGUUCGGGUCACCUCCGCUGUGGCAAAGGCACCACCUACGAGGGCGGCAUGAGGGAACCUGCCCUGGCGUACUGGCCCGGCAGGAUCGCGCCAGGGGUGACCCACGAGCUGGCCACCACGCUGGACGUGCUGCCCACGCUGGCGGCCCUGGCCGGUGCCACCCUGCCCGAGGUGGCCCUGGACGGCUUCGACCUGAGCGCGCUGCUGCUGGGCACCGGCCCCAGCCGCCGCCGCUCCGUGUUCUUCUUCCCUCCGGCCCCGGACCCGGUGCGCGGCCCGUUCGCCAUCCGCCUGGGCAGGUACAAGGCGCACUACUACACACAAGGUUCCUUCCACAGCGACACCACCCCGGACCCGGCGUGCCACGGGCUGACCCCGCUGACCCCACACCUGCCCCCGCUGCUCUUCGACCUGGAGGCCGAUCCCGCCGAGAACUACGACCUGCUGCAGGCCGGGCCGGGCCCCGAGGCGCUGCAGGCGCUCAAGGACAUCGCCCUGGAGAAGGUCCUGCUGGAGCAGCGCCUGCGCUUCGGGGACAGCCAGAUGGCCAAGGGCCAGGACCCCUCGCUGCAGCCCUGCUGCGCCCCCGCCUGCACCCCAAAACCGUCCUGCUGCCGCUGCUCCCCGCGGUGACCCCACAAAGGGGCCGGCACCGUAACCCGGCUCGGCUCGGGGAGCCUCGGGUUUGUGGGGAGCUGGGGUGGGGUGGGAUUGGGGAGAUUAGGGAAAACAGGGCCUGGUGAUCCGUGUGGGGAAUUCCAGGGGAGCCUUGGGAUGGGUCCCUGACCCCUUCCAGGAUCCAUUACCUGUUCCACAAUCCUGACCCGUUCCAGGAUCCCUGACCCAUUCCAGAAUCCGUGACCCAUUCCAGGAGGAUCCUGACCCGUUCCAGGCUCCCUGACCCGUUCCAAGAUCCCUGACCCGUUCCAGGAGGAUCCCUGACCCAUUUCCAGGAUCCCUGACCCAUUCCAGGAGGAGCCUGACCCAUUCCAGGAGGAUCCUGACCCGUUCCAGGCUCCCUGACCCGUUCCAGGCUCACUGACCCAUUCCAGGAUCCCUGACCCGUUCCAAGAUCCCUGACCCGUUCCAGGAGGAUCCCUGACCCAUUUCCAGGAUCCCUGACCCAUUCCAGGAGGAGCCUGACCCAUUCCAGGAGGAUCCUGACCCGUUCCAGGAGGAUCUUGACCCAUUCCAGGAGGAUCCCUGACCCAUUCCAGGAGGAUCCUGACCCGUUCCAGGAUCCCUGACCAGUUCAUGGAUCCCUGACCCGUUCCAGGAGGAUCCUGACCCGUUCCAGGAUCCCCUUCCCUGUCUCCCCCUCAUGUCCCCCAAAACCAGACCCAACCCCUCCCUUCUCCCCCACAUUGUCCCACCCUUGUUUUUCCCAGGAGACCGAACUGGGCUGAAAAUGUGGAUAGUGGGUGUGUGAUUUUGGCCACGGGAAUCAUUUUUUUGCAGUAGCUGGGAGUGGGACAUGUCCAGGGCAGUGACACUGGUGUCCCCUCUCACUCCCAUGGCCAAGGGCAUUAUUUCCAGGAUAAAACGUGGUACGGUGUUCUCAGGGGAUUUCCACCUAAAUCACUGCUUUGUCUUACAAUUUUCUAAUUAAUAUUGCUGCAAUUAAUUGUUUGAUUCCUAAUCUCAUGGCUGCUUGCAGUAAAUUGUUUCUAACCUCUGA